AUGGCUGCAGAGCUCUCCACGUCCAUAAACAUCAAGGAACCCCGUUGGGACCAGAGCACAUUUGUGGGCCGCGCCAAGCAUUUCUUCACUGUCACUGACCCGCGGAACGUCCUCCUCACCAACGAGCAGCUAGAACGCGCGCACAAAAUUAUCACAGACUACAGAAAAGGUACAGUCUCUCCUGGGCUGACGGAAGAUGAACUAUGGCGAGCCAAAUAUGUCUUUGACUCCGCUUUCCAUCCGGAUACCGGAGAGAAGAUGAUCCUGAUAGGCCGUAUGUCAGCGCAGGUUCCGAUGAAUAUGACCAUCACUGGAUGCAUGAUGACAUUUUACAAGACCACUCCAGCUGUGUUGUUCUGGCAGUGGAUCAAUCAGUCCUUCAACGCAAUCGUGAACUACACCAACAGGAGCGGUGACGCCCCCAUUACGGUCAGUCAGCUCGGCACAGCGUACGUAUCUGCCACUACAGGGGCAGUAGCCACCGCUCUAGGACUAAACGCACUAACAAAGCACGUCUCUCCUCUGAUCGGACGCUUUGUUCCGUUCGCUGCUGUAGCCGCGGCAAACUGCAUCAACAUACCUCUGAUGAGGCAAAGAGAACUGAAACACGGCAUUCCCAUAACAGAUGAGAAUGACAACAGGAUAGGAGAGUCGACCAAAGCGGCACAGCAGGCCAUCUCUCAGGUUGUGGUCUCAAGGAUCCUCAUGGCCUCACCAGGAAUGGCCAUCCCACCCUUUUUAAUGAACCAUUUGGAAAAGAAGGCCUUUCUGAGGAGGUUCCCAUGGAUGAGUGCCCCAAUUCAAGUUAGCCUGGUGGGAUUCUGUUUGGUGUUCGCCACUCCAUUGUGCUGCGCACUGUUUCCACAGAAAAGCUCUAUAUCGGUUAGCCGCUUGGAGCCCGAGCUGCAAGAAAAGAUCCGGGCCAGCCACCCGGGCUUGGAGAGAGUCUACUUCAACAAAGGGCUAUGA